AGGAGAAAACCAUUAGUGAAAAGUGUGAAAAUAUUUUUUAAAAAUCAGGUUCAAAACAGCAUUAUAAAACCCAUAUUAAAAGAGAACAGGAUCAGCACAGGGAGAAUGAAAAGAGUUACAACUCAACAUUGAGUAUUUCUUUACAAGAAAAUGUUAGUAUGGGAGAGAAAACACAUGAAUGCAUGGAAUGUGGAAAAAGGGUCAGCACCAGUGGUAACCUUACUCGCCAUAAAAGAAUCCACACAGAAGAGAAGCCAUAUAAAUGCACCGAGUGUGGAAAGUGCUUCUUUCAAAAAUGUAACCUUAUUUCACAUCAAAGGAUUCAUACAGGGGAGAAACUAUAUAAAUGCACGGAAUGUGGAGAGAGCUUCAGGUGGAAUAGUGACCUUACUUCCCAUAAAAGGAUCCACACAGGAGAGAGACCAUAUCAAUGCUUGGAGGGUGGGAAGAGUUUUAGCAAGAGAAGCCUGCAUUUUUCCCACAAAAGAAUCCACAUUGUGGAGAAAACAUAAAUCCAUGGAGUGUGGGAAGAGCUUCUGGACAGACAGUGGACUUACUAUCCAUAAAAGACUCCAUACAGGGGAAAAACUCUAUAUAUGCAUGGAAUGUGGGAUGAGCUUUAGAGGGCACAGUUACCUAAUUUGCCAUAGAACAGUCCACACGGGGGAGAAACCAUAUGAAUGUAUGGAAUGUGGGAAAAGUUUCCGGAAAACCAGUUCCCUAGCUUCCCAUAAAAGGACCCGCACGGGGGAGAAACCAUAUACGUUCACUGAGUGUGGGAAAAGUUUCCGGAAAACCAGUUCCCUAGCUUCCCAUAAAAGUAUCCACACAGGGGAGAAACCUUAUAAAUGAAUGGAAUCUGGGAAGUAUUUUCCUAA